AUGGCCGAAAAGUCCCCACCGUCUUUGGCUGCCGUCGCAGUUUCAUCACUUAUUCUCGGUCUGCUGGCGGGCUACUUUCUCGGUCAAGGCUCCAGCAUUGGCCUCUUUGGUCAAGGAAAUCCUGGUGACAAGAAAAGCUGGCCCAAUAGCUACGACGUCAAAGUCCAUGCCGACUCAAGCGACGAACAGGCGGACGAUGAAGACGAGGAGGAAGAAGAAGAAGAAGAAGAGGAAGGCGAAGGCGAUGGAAACGAGCUCAAAGACUUUCGGGAGUCCACAGAGGAAGUGAAGUUGGUGUUGGCAGUGAGGACGGAUCUAGGGAUGGGCAAAGGGAAGAUUGCAGCACAAUGCUCUCAUGCCACGCUAGCAUGCUACAAGUAUCUGGUCAACCAUCCUCCAUCGGCACCUUUGCUCAAACGUUGGGAAUGGGGUGGACAACCGAAAAUCGCAGUACAAGCCAAGUCUGAAGAAGAGCUGGAAACUCUGCAAGCACAAGCAUUCAGUCUGGGUUUGUGUGCAAGAAUCAUCCACGAUGCUGGUAGAACACAGAUUGCUGCUGGUAGUGCGACAGUCCUUGGGGUGCUCGGACCGAAGAGUGUCGUCGACCAGGUCACUGGUGGCUUGAAACUGUUGUGA